AUGCUGCACACCGAGGGCCACGCUCUUCUUCGGGCCGUGGGUCAGGGUAAGCUACGCUUGGCCCGUUUGCUUCUGGAGGGGGGCGCCUACGUGAAUGAGGGUGAUGCUCAAGGGGAGACUGCGCUAAUGGCGGCCUGUCGGGCCCGGUACGACGACCCCCAGAACAAGGCACGCAUGGUACGCUACCUUCUGGAGCAAGGCGCGGACCCCAACAUCGCAGAUCGCCUAGGGCGCACGGCGCUCAUGCACGCUUGCGCGGGCGGCGGGGGCGCCGCGGUGGCCUCCCUGCUCCUUGCCCAUGGCGCGGACCCCUCAGUCCGAGAUCACGCCGGCGCCUCGGCGCUUGUCCACGCCCUGGACCGCGGGGACCGAGAGACCCUUGCCACGCUGCUGGACGCCUGCAAGGCCAAGGGCACGGAGGUCAUCAUCAUCACCACUGACACCUCGCCCUCCGGCACCAAGAAGACCCGCCAGUAUCUCAAUUCCCCACCGUCCCCGGGGGUGGAGGACCCCGCUCCCGCUCCUCCUAGCCCCGGGGUCUGCACGUCGCCUUCGGAAAUCCAACUGCAGACUUCAGGAGCGGGAGGACGAGGAUUGUUAUCCCCUCGCGCCCAGGAAGAAGAGGAGAAGAGGGACGUAUUUGAAUUCCCUCUUCCUAAGCCCCCAGAUGACCCCUCCCCUUCCGAGCCACUCCCCAAACCACCCCGCCAUCCUCCAAAACCCCUCAAAAGGCUCAACUCCGAGCCCUGGGGCCUAGUGGCCCCUCCUCAACCUGUCCCGCCUGCCGAAGGGAGGCUGGGGUUCGAGCGCCUGACCGCGGAAUUCAACGGCCUGACCCUGACAGGUCGACCGCGUCUUUCCCGACGUCACAGCACCGAAGGCCCAGAGGACCCGCCCCCGUGGGCGGAGAAAGUGACGGGUGGGGGUCCUCUCUCUCGCAGAAACACAGCGCCAGAAGCUCAGGAGUCGGGCCCCUCUUCAGGGCUGAGGCAGAAACUGAGCCGCAUGGAGUCGGUGGAGCUCGAUACUCCCGGAAAUCUUUGCCCCGACUCGCCCGAGUGCAGCCGCCCGUCCCUGGAGCGCCGCAGAUACAGCGCCUCCCCGCUGACCCUCCCUCCAGCGGGCUCGGUUUCCUCCCCGCGCCAGUCCCAGGAGAGUCUUCCUGGGGCUGUAUCUCCGCUGAGCGGGCGGAGGCGGAGUCCCGGGUUGCUGGAGCGGAGGGGCUCGGGGACGUUGCUCCUGGACCACAUCUCACAAACGCGGCCAGGUUUCCUGCCCCCGCUCAAUGUCAGCCCCCAUCCUCCCAUCCCCGACAUUCGCCCGGGAGGUCGGGCGCCUUCGCUGCCCGCCCCUCCCCAGGCGGGGGCGCCAGGCUCUCCCAGGACCAAGCGCAAGUUGGUGAGACGCCACUCCAUGCAGACUGAGCAGAUCCGCCUGCUAGGGGGCUUCCAGAGUCUAGGCGGGCCAGGGGAGCCUGGGCGCUGA